CUACGAAAGAGCAAGUGAAACCGUGAAAGGCCGACUAUGGAGCUAAAGCAUUUGACGAAGGAACGUAGAUAGUCCACAAAACUUCAUCCAGAUAGGAAGGAAUCCAAGCUCUGAUAAACCAAUGGCGGUUUCAGCACUAAAUGUUGCAGCGCCGGUUCCAAAGCCAAGCCUUCACCAGACCUUCAAAUCUAAACCCAUUUCCGCCUUCAGAAGCAUCGCUUCUUCUUCAUCUCACAGUAGGGUGUCAGAGGUCCCUCUGGCUCUGGAAUCAAAAUCUUCUACUAAAAAGCGGAUAUUCGACAUGGGUCUUGGCUUGCUAGCAGCCUCGAUAGUGUUUUCUGCGCCAUUGGAUGCUAACGCGACCAGGAUUGAGUAUUACGCCACUGUUGCUGAACCGUCCUGUGAGCUGAAUUUCGCGCCGUCUGGACUUGGUUUCUGCGACGUUUCUGUAGGAACUGGACCCGAGGCUCCUCUGGGAGAGCUUGUCAAUAUCCACUACACUGCAAGAUUUGCAGAUGGGACAGUCUUUGACAGCAGUUACAAACGUGCAAGACCACUCACUAUGCGCAUUGGUGUUGGCAAGGUUAUCAAGGGAUUGGACCAGGGAAUUUUAGGAGGUGAAGGUGUUCCUCCAAUGCUUGUUGGGGGAAAACGUAAGCUUCAGAUUCCUCCAGAGUUAGCUUAUGGACCCGAACCUGCAGGAUGCUUUUCAGGUGACUGCAACAUACCCGCCAAUGCAACUCUUGUUUAUGAUAUUAAUUUUAUUGGACUUUACAAGUGAAACAUCAAUUCAAGGAACAAUGGAUUAUCUGUUGCUGAAAAGAUUAGAAGGUCAAGACAGAUGUGCACUGAAAGUUUAGACCAAAAGAAGUAUCACCUAGGCUGAAGGUACAUGGCAAGGAAGUGCAGAUUUGUGUGAACAAAACCAAAAAGAAAAGAAGUAUGGACGGUUCGGGUGCUAUAGGGAGGUCAUUUAGAUCAAGCAGGGAUCUGGUGCUAGAAAAAGAUUGUCUUGCAGGAGCUCUGAAGGCAUUCAUCCCUGUGGAUAUCCUUAAUCAUCCUAAUUGAUUAGGUGGAGAUAUCUGUUUUGUUGGUGCGGUACGGCAUGAACAAGUUAAUUCCUUAUGUAUAUAUAGUAUCGAUUUUCUGUUUAAAUGCAGUUCCUACUUCCUGUUCAAA